AUGGUCAUCGGACGGCCAUCGGACGGCCAUCCGAUGGAGUGGUCGGUCUCCCCGCCGCUGUCUCCCCGCAUUGGCCCGCCCGAUAUCGACUGGGGCGACGUCGACACACCGUCAGCCACGUUCGGCCUCCCGAGUCCCUGGGGAUCGGCUGGCGAGGCCGAACCCGCCGAGGUCGACAUGCAUCCCGACCCGACAGCGGGGGGCGCGAUGAGGGUCGAGGCGCCGAUCGACGAGGACGCGAUGAGCGUCGAAGUGCCGACCGACGAGGAGUCGACCGACGAGGAUUCGACGUUUCCUAAACAUGCCUUCCUGAUGAACGCGUUCCUGCAACAGUCGCUGCUGGCUCCCGAGGGCAGCCGCGGCCACUUCGAGAGCGACGGCGAGGACGACGAGCAGGAGCUGACAGAUGAGCAGAAGGAGGCCAGGGCCAAGCUGGAGAGGUCCAGGGAUUUGGUCCUGGAGGCGUGUGCCAACGAGGGCUUCGAGGUGCCCGCAGGAUCGGCCAUCGGGAAGCGGUUCAAGACUUGGUUGAAGAACAACCAGGACGAGUUCGAGAAAUACGAAGCGAUGAGCAACGACAAGAAGACCACGUGGCGGGAGAAUUGGGCCAAGGAGCAGUUCGAUUCGUACAUGCAGAAGCGGAAGCACACCACCGAGAAGGCCCAGACCUCGUGGGCGCGCGCCAAGUGGAUGAACAUGGGCCAGCUGAUCCAGCAGCAGGGCGGCGGGGCCUUCCCGAACAAGAGGGUUAUCGAGGGCGCGGUCAACAUCGCGCAGGACUGCAUGAAGAAGGGGCGCAAGUGGGUCCGCAUCAGCAAGCGCAGCAAGAGGAUCGAGUUCAAGCACAUCGAAGACGGCGAGGACACAAUCAACACGGAGAAGUGGUCUCGGUCGGAGCGGGAGUGCAACAACGCUGAGCAGGGGGGGGGCACAGAGCCCUCGGCAGCGGCGCAGGCCCAGCCUGGGCAGUCGAGUGCAGCGCUGCCUGCGCAGCACGUGCAGCAGCAGCAGCAGCAGCAGCAGCAGCAGCAGCACCAGCAGCAGCACCAGCAGCCAGGGCAGGCGGGCACGGCUGCAGCUGUGGCCAAGCCCGCGGCCAAGCCCGCGGCCAAGCCCACGGCCAAGGGCAAGGCCAAGGCGAAGGCCAAGGGCAAAGCGAAGCAGAAGGCGAAGGCACCUGCCAAGAUGCUGACUGACUUGGUGGGCAAGUACAGCGUCGCGAUGACCCAGACCAACUCUCUCAUGGCGAAGAUCCAGCAGCAGGACAGCCCAAUGAAGAAGUGGGCGGACACCCCGAAGUUCCAGGGCAGGCUGCAGGGGGCGCUGAACUACGUGCAGCAGCUGCUCGACGAGAACAAGGGCCUGAAGUUGGCGCUGACGCUCGGCGACAUGACGCAGGUGAACCCCGACGAUAGGCACACGAUGUCCGAGAUGGAGAAGCUGCAGGAGGCCCUCGGGAAGCUGGACGAGAUCCGCGCGAAGAUCAACAGCAUCGCCGAGGACAGCGACAGUGACUAG